AUGAAUCAGCUUCCGCAGAACCUCAUUCCAGACCCUGCGAGCCCCGAAUGGAUGAACAAAGGAGACAACGCAUGGCAGCUCACGGCGGCGACGCUGGUCGGCCUUCAAAGCGUACCUGGACUCGUAAUCCUCUACGGCAGCAUCGUCAAGAAGAAAUGGGCUGUGAACUCUGCUUUCAUGGCUCUCUACGCCUUCGCCGCCGUCCUCGUUUGCUGGGUCGGCUGGGGCUACCAAAUGGCCUUCGGCGAUAAAGGGAAAUUCCUUCCUUUUCUCGGAAAACCGGACGUCUCCUUGGAUCAAAAGGUUCUUCUGGAAAAAGCGUUUCUUGGGAUGUUGCCGACUGCGACGAUGGUCUUCUUUCAGUUCGUGUUUGCGGCGAUCACGUUGAUAUUGGUCGCCGGCGCAUUGCUCGGAAGGAUGAAUUUUAUUGCAUGGAUGUUGUUUGUGCCGCUUUGGCUUACGUUCUCUUACACUGUCAGUGCGUAUAGCAUAUGGUUUCCCAGUGGGUGGUUGUCGAAGAUGGGAAUAAUUGACUACUCCGGUGGAUAUGUCAUUCACUUGUCUUCAGGUGUCGCUGGUUUCACUGCGGCCUAUUGGGUGGGACCUAGGGGAAACAAGGAUAGGGAAAGGUUCCCACCAAACAACAUCCUACUGAUGCUUGCUGGGGCGGGCCUACUGUGGAUGGGUUGGACAGGAUUCAACGGUGGAGAUCCCUACGUUGCCAGCAUAGACGCAUCUCUGGCCGUCCUCAACACGCACGUGUGUGCUGCUACAAGCUUGCUGACGUGGCUCCUUCUUGACAUUCUUUUCUUUGAAAAGCCUUCGGUCAUUGGCGCCACACAAGGCAUGAUCACUGGCCUUGUUUGCAUCACCCCGGCCGCAGGGGUAGUGCAAGGUUGGGCAGCAAUCAUAAUGGGAUUAAUGUCUGGAAGCAUACCAUGGUACACUAUGAUGGUCCUCCACAAGAACAUUUCGCUCUUAAAACAAAUAGACGACACCAUGGCAGUGUUCCACACCCACGCCGUGGCUGGAAGCUUGGGCGGCAUUCUUACUGGAUUCUUCGCCAACCCGAAACUUAACCGGCUNGACUAUAUAGAUACAAAUUGA